UCCCUGCAGCGCUUACCUUGUCCUUCGCUCCCCUGCGAUGUGUCUCCUGCAGCGUACCCAGCCAACUCCGUGUUCCAGUCCCUGCGAGCGUCGGGACGUGGCAAAUUUAAAAAUUUUAGAAACUGUCAUUUUCUAAUAAACAAAAAUGACAUAGUAAAACAUUACUGUUUCAAACCCAUUUCACAUAAAUUUUGUCCCUACUGCUUUGUCUUGUGCCCUGCCUGCAUUUUGACUGUUCUUUCUGCCUGGAAACUUAGAAAAGUCCAUGGCAUCCAAAAAGUGUCACUUUAGGUCAAAAGCGGUUUUAGACCGGCUAGAGAACAGCGAUAGUAAAUCAGAACCACUUGCAGAAUUGAGUGAUGAUUCGUGGGGAAAUUCGUCAUCAGACACUGA